AAAAAUUGCUCGUCGACCGAUCCAAACAUCAAUUACGAAUUCUGCGUUACGUCAUUCGAAUCGUACUCAAGUAGCCACCGCGCGAAAAAUCUCCAGAAACUCGGCCAAAUCGCCAUUAAAUUAGACCAGCAUAACGUGACAAGGACGGCGUCGUAUAUCAAGGGGCUGUUGAAGAAGAAGAACAAGAAGAAGGACUUGGAUCCUUUCGUGAAGGCGUGUCUGGAAGAUUGCUUUGAACUUUAUGCCGAUUCAAUCCCUACUCUGAAAGAAGUCAGGAGAGAUUACAGAAGUAAACACUACGACGAUGCGAACGUUAAAUUGAGUUCAGUGAUGGACGCCUCGACGACUUGCGAAGAUGGCUUCAAAGAAACGCCAGGUGUCGUUUCGCCGCUCACCGGAAGAAACAACGAAACGUUUCAGCUGUCUGCUAUAUCUCUUUCGAUUAUAAAUAUGCUUAAAAAAUAAAUUUUUUUUUUCAGAGUAUUAUUUUAUCAACCA